GGUUUUGUUGCUAUAAAAAGUGAAACAAGCGAAACAGAGGAGGAGAUAAGAGCAGCUUCAGCCGUGAAGAAAAACCUCAUUCUUCUGAGAAUCUCUUGAGCUUACAUGGAAACACAGCAUUCAACCAUGAAGUUUCAAGUCCUGUUUCUUCUCUUGCUGCUGGCUUGCAUGUAUCCCAGUGUGGCACAAGGUUCCUAUGAAAACUGCUGUUUGAAGUAUGCCAAUGUAAAGAAGACCAUCAGGAGGCAUGUCGUGAGUUACAGAGUGCAGGAAACAGAUGGAGGAUGUAACAUUCCUGCUGUUGUCUUGAAGCUGAAGAAUUCAAGGGUGAUCUGUGUUGAUCCAAGAAUAACAUGGAUACAACAAAUGAUACAGAAAAUGAGUGCGAAAAACACUGGCAAUAUGUAGUGUGCGGGUUUCAGAGGCAGCUUUGACCACGCCACCGCAGACCAAAAUAUGUUUAUAUCACCAACACACUAAUGUAACAGUAUGUAGUUUCUACCACUAUCAAUCCUGCUGAUUCAUAUUUUCUACACCUAUGAAUUGCUAUCUUCAUGCAGAGGUUCAUAAGGAACUGUAUUGCAUGGUCUGCUUCUGUUCAUUGUAUUAGAACAAUAUGAAUGUACGAACUGUGAAUGUUUGCUCUCUUUGUCUCCAAGCUUCAUAAUGAAUCUUUUUACACUUUAUGUAUAUAUAUAUAUAUAUAUAUUUGUUUAUGUUUUA